CCGCCCCAUACCGUGCGUGCCGUGCGUGAGCGUGCGCGUCGGCCGGCGAGGGAGUAGCAAACGGCCAGCGGCGGACGCCGCGCGGGGGGCGGGCAGAGCGGAGGAGGCGGCGGUGGCCAUGGCCGAGGCGUCGCCACAGCCCGGACGAUACUUCUGUCACUGCUGCUCGGUCGAGAUUGUUCCACGCCUGCCGGAUUAUAUCUGCCCAAGAUGUGAGUCUGGCUUUAUCGAGGAGCUUCCAGAGGAGACCAGAAAUACAGAAAAUGGUUCUGCCCCCUCCACAGCCCCCACGGACCAGAGCCGGCAGCCAUUCGAAAAUGUGGACCAGCACCUCUUCACGCUGCCACAGGGCUAUGGACAGUUUGCUUUCGGCAUCUUUGACGACAGCUUUGAGAUCCCCACAUUCCCUCCUGGGGCUCAGACUGAUGACAGCAGGGACCCUGAGAGCCGGCGGGAGAGAGAACACCCAUCCCGGCACCGGUAUGGCGCCCGGCAGCCCCGGGCCCGCCUCACCGCGCGGAGGGCCACCAGCCGGCAGGAAGGCGUCCCCACGCUGGAAGGGAUCAUCCAGCAGCUGGUCAGCGGCAUUAUCACUCCUGCCACCAUCCCCAACCUGGGCCUGGGUCCCUGGGGUGUCCUGCACUCGAACCCGAUGGACUACGCCUGGGGGGCCAACGGCCUGGAUGCCAUCAUCACGCAGCUCCUCAAUCAGUUUGAAAACACGGGCCCCCCACCAGCAGACAAGGAGAAAAUCCAGGCCCUUCCCACCGUCCCUGUUACCGAGGAGCAUGUAGGCUCUGGGCUCGAGUGCCCUGUGUGCAAGGAUGAUUAUGCGUUGGGCGAGAGUGUGAGGCAGCUGCCCUGCAACCAUCUGUUCCAUAAUGGCUGUAUCGUGCCCUGGCUAGAGCAGCACGACAGCUGCCCCGUCUGCCGAAAAAGCCUCACAGGACAGAACACAGCCACGAACCCCCCAGGCCUGACGGGGGUGAGCUUCUCCUCCUCAUCCUCAUCAUCCUCCUCCAGCUCACCCAGUAAUGAGAAUGCCACAAGUAACUCCUGAGCCCACUGCACCCCCGAAGCCGCUGGGACAGCUCCGGUCCUCCCCUGCCCACCCUUGGUUCUGUCACACCACUGCAGCACCUACAGAUGUGCUUGGUCGGUCAGCGCCCAGCGGGCCCCAGGGUGGGACCAGGGCUUGGUAGCCUGGCCCUCAGCCCCAGAGGGAUAUCCCGCUCACUGGCUGCUCCCAGCUCGGAGGGGUGCGGGCCACAGGGUCCCCUCCAGGGGCGUCCGCAGCCUCCCUGUCCCCUCUGUCUCUAACUUCACCCUCUAAAUGUUCGACUGCGGAAAGGUUUUUAUAAUUUUAAAUUAUUACUGCUUUGAAAUAAAUGGACGUUUUAGCUCA